AAAAUAUUUUAUAAUAAUAAAUUUGAUUUAUUUGAAUUUAGUUGAAUUUAAGUUAUCUAUAAUCUAAUUUAGUUGAAUUUGAUAUUAAAUUAGAAUAAGCGAUACGUUUGCAGGUAAUAUAUUUUGCUUGGCAGUCAGUUAUAUGAACAUUUGGGAAUACAAUGGUGAUGGAAGAACAGGAAUCAAAUAUAGAACUAGCCUCAGAAAGAAUUCCUGUACCUCAGAUACAACAACCACAAAUGGAUAUAAUUAAACGAAACAACAGAUCAGGUGUUUCGCGUGGUAAACCACGAUUAAGGAAAAAAGCAUUGCACGCUGCAAUACUGAAACAAAUGGAGUUUUAUUUUAGUGAUGCUAAUUUGAGCAAAGAUCGAUAUUUAUCAGAACUUUUGAAGAAAAGUCCUUAUGUGGCUCUUGAUGUAUUUACAAAUUUUAAUAAAUUAAGCACAUUAACUACAGAUACAAAUAGAAUAGCUAAAGCUUUAGAAAAAUCAACUAUGUUAAAAGUAUCUGAAGAUGGUACAAAAGUCUGUCGAUUGACACCUAUUAACAAAAAAGAAAAUAUAGAUGAGUGUACAGUUUAUGUACAAAACUUACCUCCAGAUUCUGAUCAUGAUUGGCUGAUUUCUGCCUUUUCCAAAUAUGGAAAAGUAGUAUAUGUCUCAAUUCCUCGAUACCAAAGUAAUAAAAAAAUUAAAGGUUUUGCAUUUGUAGAAUUUGAUACUCCAGCAGGUGCUGAAGAAUGUAUUAAGGCAUUUCAAAAAGAUGGAUGUGUCUUACCAUCUCAUACAUCUCCCAAUGAUCUGUUAAGUAUAACUACUUUUAAUAAUACUGAGGAAAAUCUUACAAUAAAUGAUAAACCAGAACACUUGCAAUAUCUUUCUAAAAGCACGAUUAAAACAGAUGUAGAUGAUAAAAAAGAAAAUAUAAAAGAUCAAAUUACAAAUGAUGAUAUUUAUGAUGAUGAAGGCAACAAGUUAGAUAAUACUAAAUAUUCUCUGGGAAAAAGAAAACUUGUCUCAGAAAAGUCACUUGCAGAUGAAAGCAAUAUCAAAGUCAAAAAGAAAAAAACUACAGAUCAAAACAUUGCAGAUCAGCAUAAUAGCAAUAUGGAAGAUCAAAAAAUAUUAAAUAAAGAUAUUACUAAUCGUAAUAAGACUACAGAAACUGAUAGGAAGAGAAAGAGAAAAUUAUCAACAAAUGAUACAUUUAAGUAUGAAGACUCCAGUGAAGGAACAGCAAAAAGAGAUCCAUGUGGAUCAAUGGUAAAAUCAGAUAAAAUUAAAGUAAAUGAAAUGGUAUCUGUAGAUAAAAGCUAUGAUAAUAAAAAUAAAGAAAUUAUAUCACAAGCUGCAAAACAUCUUACGAAAAAAAAUAUUGAUGAAACAAGUAGUAGUAAUAUCAAGGAAAGAGAAACCAGUGUUGAUGAAAGAAAAAAGAAAAAGAACCGAAAAAAGAGAAGUAAUUUUCAGAAAGAUAUCACUAGUGAUAUGAUGCAAGUGAUGGCCAAACGAGAUUGGAAACGACUUAGAAAUAAAUACUUGGAGUUACAAAAAAGUAAAAUGCAACAAUUAAAACUACAUUUGAGAAAAACAAAAUGGAAUUAUGACAAAUCUAAAUAUGAAAAAGAUGAAAAACUCAGUGAAACAGAAAAAUCAUGCUAUGGACGUAUUACUUAUGCACCAGGAAUUAUAGUGAAAGUUGAAAUGGAUGAACCUUGCACAGAUUUACAAAGUUUCAAGAUGGAAUUUAGAGAUAAUGAUUAUGUAAAAUACAUAGAUAUAACAUACGGUUCUCGCCAAGCAUACAUAAGAUGUGAUACAGCAGAAGCUGCACAAUUGUUUUUACAAAAGAGUUAUGAGGGACGGCGUUUGAUAAUUUUAAAAAAUAACGAAGAAAAGUCAUAUUGGGAUAAAAUAGAACAAGAUCGGGAAGAAAAAUUGCAAAGUAAAAAAAGAUAUAAGCAUAGAGGACGUGAUAAAUUAUUGAAGAAAGCAGAAAAGGAACUUGGGAAAUGUAUAAAGUUUGAUCAGGUGUGACAUUAUAUUACUUAAUUUUACAAAAUCUGUAAAUUAUAUUAUAUUGCAUGUAUUAAUCAAGUAUAGACUAAAAAAAUUGACUAAAAUGGACUAAA